AUGCCCGUGAAAUUUGUGGACCCUGAAUUUUCAGCAGUCGGGCAGCACCGGAAGAACGUGAAAACCUAUGGCAGUGGGUGGGCCCUGCUGUGCUGCGCCAUGGCCAGCAAGAGAGUCCGCAACCUCGUCCUCUCCUUCUCCGCCCAGCACCCCAUCUCCCUGGUAUACAACAACCUACACCCGCAGUGGGAGAGGAGCGUCGCCUUCCUCCUGCGCCAGCGCGGCCUCAGGUCCCUCACCCUCACCUUCAUGCACGUCAUGCAGCUCGACACCAUCGUGUCCCAGGACGAGUGGGCCUUCGCCUCCCUCACCUCGCUCACCCUCAAGCUGCGCGGCUGUGUGGACUACUCCCAGCUCUUUGACAGGGAACACGGCGAUGGGCGUGCCAUGGAGCAGGGCGAUGGGGGUGCUGUGGAACACGGCGAUGGGCGUGCCGUGGACCAGUAUCAUAGGGAUCUCAUUGAGCAGAAUCACUGGACGCAGUACUUCGGCUGCCCACGUCUGCAGCGGCUGAAGCUGGGGCGCGGCAACUGGAUUCUCUCGGACGGGUGGGCGGGGAAGCUCAAGGCGCUGCGCAGUUUGACUCUCAAGCACAUCGAUUGGAGCCAUGUGGAUGUCCAGUAUCUCGCCACGCUCACGCCACAGCUCACGGAAUUCACGCUUUAUGAGGGCUGGGAUUCGGAUAACCCGUCCGUCGGCCCUCGUGGCAGCGGCAUUAACCGAUUCUGUUUUGACCUCUCAUCAGCUCGCGUCCUCCGCUUCUACUUCGCACAGAGCAGCCUCACGCUCUUCCUCACCCUCUCCCGCUCGCUCAAGGCCUUCUCUGCCGUGGCCAAACGGCUGGUCCUCUCCUGCAAGAGCGCCGCUCCUCUCUAUCUCGACCAACUCUCACUCUAUGGCCAGGAGCGUCUCGUCAUCUCCUCCCUCCGCCUCGCAUCUGCACGAGUGGCCUACCUCAACGGCCCUCCCAUCGACCGGCACUCCCGCGAUGAUGCCUGCUCAUCUCAAAGAACAGAUUCUUCCUCUUGGGACACCCCUGCUCCGCCCCCUGACUGGCUAAGCUUGCACCGCCGCAGCUCCUCUGAAUUCUCCUGGGUUGAAUGGCUGGGUGCUAUAGCACCAACAGUGGAGGUGCUUAUAGUGAGGUACGGGGUGCCUGUAGAGCAGGUGGGUGCGGAGUGGAGCUGCCUGCGCAGCCUUGGGGUUGUCGUGGAAAGUGAGGAGCGGUUUGCGAGAGAUCUGGAUUUUGAGAGGCGGCGGGAUGAUGGUGAGGAGGAGGUAACAGUGGAGGAAUGUCAGGAGCGCAACCAGAGGCAGAGGCGGUUGCAGCAGCACCGACAUCCGCAGCAGCAGUGGCAGCAGGAGGAGCAGGAGGAGGAAGAGGAAGAGGAGCAAGCAGGAAAGCUCCCUGUUAUCAAGGCUCCAAAGUUGAAAACGAUCUUCUUCCCCACUCGCACCUGCGAGCAGCAAACUCUUGUUGCCCUACAUGAAUCAUGCCCCUCCCUCGCCCUGUACUGCAUCGCAAGUCAUUCUUUCUACUGGGAGAAGCAUGGGAAGGGGUUGGCUGAAACUGAGACCCCUGUGGUGCAUGUGAGGAAGGGGAGGAGCGGCGUGUCAAGCAACUGCUUUGGGGAGAGGCAGGCGAUGAAUGUGAGGGAGAAGAUGCACGGUGUGAAUAGGGAGCUGGUGGAAGGGUACAAUGUUGAUAAAGAUGAGGCUUAUAUGCUCAAGUACAAAGGCAGCCACUGGGAGACUUACCGCUCUUACUACCUUAAGCAUUCGUUUAUUGGUGUGGACAAGGUCUGGGUCGACUCAAAACUCGUUGAUACAGAUGAGGCUUGCACGCUGACAUGCUAA